AUGGGGUUUUGGUCACUGUUCCUGGUGGCAUCCGAGCCAAACCUGCAGUUCCUGCUCAUCGGCACGCUGGGGGCUUAUCUUGCGUCUAGCUACAGCAAUGUACUCCUUGCCGGUGCUCGCCGAGACAUGAACAAGGUUGUGUUCGCGGUCUUCACCCCAUCUCUAAUGUUUGCUAGUCUAGCAAAGACCGUCACGUUUGAGCAAAUCAUAUCUUGGUGGUUUAUGCCUGUUAAUAUCGGGAUUACGUUCCUCGUCGGUGGAAUCCUGGGAUGGAUAGUAGUGAAGAUCUUAAGGCCACCAAAGCAUCUUGAGGGCCUUGUGAUAGCUUCGACUUCUGCGGGUAACCUCGGCAAUCUGCUGCUGAUAAUUAUCCCGGCGAUCUGCGAAGAGAAUGGCAACCCCUUCGGAGACAAAAAUAUUUGCAGCUCUCGUGGACUCUCCUAUGUUUCUUUCUCCAUGGCGCUUGGGGGAUUCUACAUUUGGACAAUAGCCUACGGUCUCAUGAAGAACGCUGGUAAAGUAUAUCAUGGGAGCCAAUUAGGGAGCAAUCUUGUCAAGGAAGAUGGUGGUGGAGUCUCUACAGGUCAGGAGAGUAUGCUUUCAGUAUCAGUGCAACCAGUGGAAGAAGUUGGACAAAACCAAAUUGAAGUUCCACUGCUACAUGAUAAGGGAGUGAAGUUAUGGGAGAAACUGAACGGAAUUCUCCACAAUAUUGUCGAGGAGUUGAUGGCUCCACCAACUGUUGCAGCCAUUAUAGGAUUCGCGGUUGGUGCAAUUCCAUGGCUGAAGUCGCUAUUCAUAGGAGCAAGUGCACCUCUCAGGGUUGUUCAAGGCUCCAUCAAACUAUUAGGUGAUGGCACAGUACCCUGCAUUACUCUCAUUCUUGGUGGAAACUUGACGCAGGGAUUUCACAAGUCGCGCAUCAAGCGUAAGGUGAUCUUAGCAAUCGUUUGCGUUCGGUACAUGAUCCUUCCUGCGUUCGGGAUCGGCGUGGUGAAAGCAGCAUAUGAAUUAGGGUUCGUGCCAUACGAUCCACUUUACCGAUACGUGCUAAUGAUACAAUUUACUGUUCCACCUGCCAUGAAUAUAGCUACCAUGGCUCAGUUGUUUGAUGUUGGCCAAGACGAGUGCUCUGUCAUCUUCCUGUGGACUUAUGUGAUCGCCACCGUCGCACUCACCGUUUGGUCAACAAUCUUCAUGUGGAUCUUAUCUUAG